CAGACUGGGACACACCCUCAGCUCCCUGUUCUCUGAGCUUCACUUACUGCAGAAAACUUCUCCACAACUUCUCACCAGGUUCUGCAGGCUCUUCAGAUAAUACAGAGAGGACCCCCAAACCGCGCUGUUGUGUUGUUUUAGCGUUAGAAAUUAGUAGGAAACUCAGAAAGUAGUUUUAAAGCCUGUUUUUAUCCGCCAGCAUGACUUCAUACCUGUGGAUUUUAGUGCUGGCGGCUCUGUCGGUGUCGAGAGCGCAGGAUGAUCUCAGCCUUUUCGAUGCUCUAGAUGAUGAUGAACCAACUCCACCUCCAGUAAAACCUCCUAAAGCUGGAGGAGAUGGUAACAUUGAGCUCGAUCUAUCUGAUGCCCUUGGUCCAGACAUACCAGAAAAGCCUAAGAAGCCUGCAGGAGACCCAUCUAAAACUGGAGACUCUAGUAAUUUCGACAUCACUGAUGCUUUUGAUAACGAUCCAAAGAAACCUUCUGGAGGAGGAGGUGGUGGAUUUGAUGAUUCAGACCUGGGUGAUGUGGCUGGUAACGGUGACUACAAGCCUGAUCCUGGUCAGGGAGGCCGUGGGGGAGCACGAGCCGGUGACUCUAACUACGACAACAGCGGUGGUGGAGAACAAGGAGCAGCUCAAGGCGGACAAAUGGCCGGAAUCAUCAGUGCAGUGGGCGUGGCCAUUCUUGGUGCCGCCUCCAGCUACUUCGCCUACCAGAAAAAGAAACUCUGCUUCAAAAUUCAAGGAGGUGCUGACCCAGAGAGUGGUACAAACCAGGCUGGCACACAUUCUGAACCCCAAGUUCUCAGCAACCUCCUGAAAUCAUCGUCCUAACUCCAUCAGAGAUCACGGAUCUACAGCAGAAGCCUCUGCUGAGCUCUGAACUCUGAGUCUGAAGUUGAUGUGUUUGAUUGACUUUAAUGAUGUGCUAUAAUGUGUAUCAUUUGAUUGAUAGGUAGAUUGAUUGAUUGUGUUUGUUAUUGUUUUAGUUGUUUAGUCGUUUUUAAGCGUGUUAACGGCCUUAGAGUGCUUUAAAACUUGAACUCUUGUGUUCUCAUGCUUUGGGUGAGAAUACAUGAUUAAACAGACAUUAGUUUUUUUAUUAUUACAGUCUGUUCACGUUAUUUCGGUAAUAGUUUAUUUGGCAUACUUGCACUUUAAGUGAAAGAAAGCACAGAAACAUAAUGAUGAACAAUGCAGAUUAGGCCUUCACCGAAUAUUUGGCAACCCGAACAGAAAAGUGCUUUUUUGUUUGUUUUGUUUUUGCAGUUUUGCCCAAAUAAUUUUGCGUAAAAUAAAAUACAGAAUAGCUUAUACUGACAAUUAAUCAGCUAAAUUUAAAUAUGCUAAUGCUAUGUAUUUUAUUCAGUCAAAACGGCAGAAUUAAUGAAAACCUGCAAAAAAAAAGCAUGAUUAAUUUUAAAAGUUAAGAGUUCGGUUUUAGCCAAAUAUAUUGGUGCUUCCUUAAAACAGAUUAAAAUAAACAUUUUAAAACUGUUAAAAAUGUUGCUAAACUGAAACGUGCCAGCUUUACACAUCAACAUGAUGAGUGGACCAAUAGAAAUGGUCUAAA